UAAAGCUAUGCUGCAUCUGCCGGUAAGCUUUCCUUGGCCUCGCAGUCGCGGGUCUGAUAGGCAACUCAGGAUGCCUUUCAUCGAGCCAACGACCGCUCGAAGCUGUGCGCAUACAUUCUGCCGAGACUGUAUCGUGGAAGCUAUGGCACAUGCACAGCAGUGUCCAGUCGAUCGGUCGCCGCUUUCCGAAGAGCAGCUGGAGCCCGCAAAUGGGAUCAUUCGCUCGCUGGUAGACGAACUGAUUGUGGAAUGCGUCCACAGCUCAUCCGGGUGCAGAUACACCUGUCAGCGUCACCUGCUCACUGCGCACAUCCUUGAUGCUUGCCCGUUCAGCACUGUGUCGUGUCCGCUCGGAGAAUGCGAUCAGAACAUGCUAAGAAAGGACACGGGAGCCCAUCAGUGCCACACUGGACUCGAUCCAUCGGCAAGCGAUGCUGUGCAGACGGAAGAUGGCAGCCUAAAGGAGGAUCGCACAGAAGUAGAAGGCACCCCAGCUCUCUGCGACUUCUGCGAGAUGACGGUUGCCCCGUCGGGACUAGUUGCACACCAAUCCGCCUGUUCCGCGGCGCCAGUCCAGUGUAUUCACGCAGUGCACGGCUGCGGUUGGACUGGACCGCGCGCCGAUCUGGAUCCCGAACACCUCCCCUGUUGUCCAUAUCACGCGCUUCGCUCCUUCUUCGCAUUGAACAACACUCGAUUCGAUCGCAUAGCCGAAGAGAAUCUCAUCCUGCGUCACAAGGUGGAAAGCUUGGAGAGGUUCGCUCAGACGAUGAACCGGGAGCUUUUGGCUGUCAAGUCCGCGCUAGGUCCCUGGUUUAGGCCCGAGGGUGUCCGAGUCUAUCCCACAUCUGACUCGCUCGCGACCCCCGUAUCGCCUACCCAGCCACCUCCUAAUGCGCAAGAUCUGUUCGCCGCGUAUUUUCCCGCUGAAGAGUCUGACCAACCGCCAUCACCCACGAGUGCCGGUGCGAUAUUCGAUAUGGGGAUGCAGCCGCGUCAGAGUUCAGCCGGGCCAUUCAAUGCUCGACACGCAGCUGCCAUCGCUCCAUUGAAUCUGUCGAGCACGCUAGAAGGCACGUUCACCAGCCUGCGAGAGUCGGUGAUUGGGCUCGCGAGUGCCGUCGACUCUCUUGGUCGGAGGAACGACAUUGCUCUUGGGAACGAGACACUGCGGCUCAACGAGGAGGUGAUGUCGCUGCGAGCGACGAUGCACGGCCUCAGAAUGCAGGUCCAUAACAUAAUGAUGGACAGGAACGCUCAAGUUACAGGACGAAGCGCGGACAGCGUUGCGCUUGCAGAUGGUGCCUGGCCAGGACGGUUUCUGCAUGGGCAGUCGAUAACCAAGCUGUGACAGGUGUUUAUUUGCAACAAAAUAUUACAUUGCACUGGUAUUGUAAAAGAGGAUAUUGUACUUGUAGGAUGGCUAUGGUAGUCAGCGGCCCCGGCGUGAAGAAUAACAACAACAAAUAUUACAAGGAGCGAACUGUGGUUUAGCAUAACAUUUGCGAAACGAUGCGGGUGGUGAACAGUCGCCAGCUGGAAGCGAUUAAAUGUGCAAGGAGAUCCAAUGAUGUCCAUGAAUAAGAGAGCUAUAAGAUAGAGUUGGGACUCGUGUGUUGUGGUGGUGGUGGUGGUGGUGGUGGUGGUGAUGAUGGUCGUUUCAAGACAAAAUUCAAUCCCCGCUCAUGAAUACACAAAAGAGCCGCCGUCCCCUCCAUGCGACUGGUAAAAGGACUCCUGCUGUCCAAAACCGGGGCUUUGGAACGGCCCAGCGCUUUGAGGCUGAGCAGCCGACGAGUAGGCGAACGAGUCGUAGUUGAAUUGCAGUUCAGACGUUGGUGGCGCGGACUGAGGAUAAGUCUGGUCGAAAAAGAACGUCGAGUUGUGGCCUGCAUCAUUCGUGUUCAUCUCCGCUUCUUGCUUAGAGUGCAGUGCGAAGCUCAAUUCGCUCCCCGAAGCAGUCCCGUUGCCUGCUAGGUGCGGGCUCGACCCUGCAGACACCGUUGAGGACGGCGAUGGGUAGCCCAAAGUAGCUUGUCCAUCUUGCUCAAAGCCAUCGGAUGGCGCAUAGUGACCCAAAAGACCCUCGGCAACACUGGCGCGCCGAGGACCCAUAUCCAGAUGCGACAUGCCGAGAUCGAGGUAGCCAGGCGCAGGGCAAGACUCCCGCCGCAUGCUGCGGUAGUCGGGUGCUUCUCCCGCGCUACCAACGUCAGAGAAGUAGGCGCUAGUUGCGCUCGAUUCGCUAGCGAUCGAGCUGAAACGCGACAUCGGGUAAGAAGCGGAGCUAUCGUCCUCAGAAGUGGCAUCGUCACGAGGGAAAGAAAAUCCGCUAAAGUCCACUGGGGAGCUGCGCUCGCUGUCGGAGGUCGACGCAACACCAAACGAGUAGCCUGGAUUGGGCAACGGCCCAGGAAUCGGGGCCGCAACGGUUCGCGAAGAGACAGGAUACAAUUGUCCGUCGGGAAGAGAAGCACGGAUGGAAUGGAACGGCGACAGUGGUGACGGAGACGGCGAGGUCGACAUGUGGUUAUAACCGCGGCUUUCCAUAGAGGCGUGUCUGGUGUGAGGCUGGAUAGGCAUUGUCGAACGAUGGGCGAGGCCCGGCCGAUUCAUAUACCCCCGGCUCAUCUGACGCCCUUGCGACAAUCGCUGAGUAGCCAGCACGUUGUUCUUAGCUCGAACAAUGUGGGCGUAAGGGUUCGAAGCCAAGCGGACCAAGCUGGCGUCGACUGACCGACGGCGAGCGAGCGGAUCGAGAGGGUCCACGAGUGGGGGACCGUAGUUUAGAGAAUUCACGGGCAAGGAACCGCGGCGGCUCAUGUGUGAGGGCAGAUCGAACGAGGCAUCCUCUGGUGUGUCGGUGACUGGCGAGCCCUGCCAAGAGGAGUCACUCGAAUCUGUCAAUACAUGGAGCUGGGGAGGAGAGGUGAUAGUAGGACUCGGGGAUGAGCUCGUCGAAGGGUCGACGGCGACCUCGCUUGGCGACGACUCCGAUCCAUCCAGGUCCUCGGAAGAUCGUGGUGAUGGCGAUUCUCCUUCCUUCCUUGGCAGCGCACCAGAGGUCUUGUUGAGACUUUUCACCGCUUUGGACUUCUCCUUCGCGCGGCGGUUCUGAAACCAGACCUG